GUCAACAACUCCCACUAGCUCACCAACAAGUGAAACAAAUGUGGAAAAAUGGGUUGUCAAUACUUGUAAAAUUAAUCCAUCCUAGUUUGUUUGUACUAAUCUUUUUUUUGUUUUAAUUAAACGUUUUGAUCCUCUUUGAGCCACCAUUUUUAUUAUUCCUUGGAAAACAUUGACCUUUUGUGAACUCUUCUUUCAUAGUCAAGUAAAUAUACCUACUUUUCGAUACCUUUGACAUUUUUGAGCCUUUGUAGGUAGACUGUUGUCACUCUUUCACUCUUUUUUUUUCAGUUGCAAAAGCUACCUUCACCUUCACUUUCCCCUCCAUUGCACUAAAGCUAUAUUGGGAAUGUUGGAAUAACAGAACUUUGGAGCAAAAGUGAGCAUCUGCUACUUAUACUUUCAAUUCUUGGUCAAAAGGGGCUGUCUUUUUUGUUGGCCAUUUGCUACUUCUUGAGAGUGUGGACUGAGUUGAGUCUCUGCAAAAGCAAGGGGAGAAGUUGUUUUUUUUUUUUGUUGUUUCAAGCUGAGUUUUUUGACACCGGUUUGGGGACUUUAGGACCAGUGGGUCUGUUUCAACCUUCCAAAAAUCUCAUCUUUGAGAGUUUGCUGUUUGAAGUAUGCAAUGAUAUGGAUUUUGAAGGGUUUAGCACCAGUAAAUUGCCUGAUAAAAAAGUGACAUCUUCUAAACACACUCGUUCUAAGAGCUUCCCAGUUAAAGCAGGACCUGAGGAGAAUAUCCUGGACCAUUCUGUAGAGGCCGCUAAUCGACUGAAGUUGGAUACGAGGCACGGUAAUGACUGUAACGUGAGCGAGAAGAAACAAUCAUCCUCGGCCGAAAUUCAAAGUUCUCUGAGGCAAGAGAUAAUGCAGCUGGAGAGAAGAUUACAUGAUCAAGUUGCAGUUCGAUGUGCUCUUGAGAAGGCAUUAGGUUAUAAAUCUUCUUCUCAAGACUUCAAUGAAGUGACCUCAAUGCCUAAGCCAGCCACAGAACUGAUUAGAGAUAUUGCAGUACUAGAGUUGGAAGUUGGGCAUUUGGAACAGUAUCUUCUCUCACUAUACAGGAAAGCAUUUGACCAACAAAUCUCAUCCUUGUCUCCUCCCACAAAAGAUGAUAAGCUAAAAUCUCCUAUAAGUACCCCAAGAAGGCGUCUUGAUUUCUCCAAUUCUGAUGUGAUGUUGAAAAGGGAAAAAUCGUCUUCUAGAGUUGAUAGUCAAGCAGAGUUAAAUCCACGGAAAGAAAACAAUAGCAUGGAAGAAGACAAAAUUAAUGAAUCUGGGGUUCAUCGAAGCCAUUCAUCAUUAUCUCAACGUUCAGCUCUAUCGAGCAGAGCUUCCCCACCAGAAGAGACACUAGGAAAAACAUUGCGUGCUUGUCAUUCUCAACCGUUAUCUAUGAUGGAGUUUGCGCAAAAUGCUUCUUCAAAUGUAAUCAGUUUGGCAGAGCAUCUGGGCACCCGUAUCUCGGAUCACAUUCCAGAUACACCAAAUAAGCUGUCUGAGGAUAUGAUAAAGUGCAUGUGCACCAUAUAUUGCAAGCUUGCUGAUCCUCCACUGACAAAUCCCGGUCUUUCAUCGCCAACCUCAUCCUUGUCUUCCAUAAGUGCAUUUUCUCCAAAAGACAUAUGGAGUCCAGGAUUUAGGAAUGAUUCAUCUUUUGAUGUUCGGUUGGACAAUCCUUUUCAUGUGGAAGGGUUGAAGGACUUUAGCGGACCUUACAGCACUAUGGUUGAAGUACAGUGCGUAUAUAGAGAUACCCAGAAAUUGGGUGAUAUUGAACCGAUGUUACAGAACUUCAGGUCACUUAUUUCUCGCCUAGAACAAAUAGAUCCACGAAAGUUGACUCAUGAAGAGAAGAUAGCAUUCUGGAUUAACAUACAUAAUGCAUUGGUGAUGCAUGCAUAUUUAGCUUAUGGUAUCCCCCAAAACAAUGUGAAGAGAAUAUUUCUACUCUUGAAGGCUGCCUAUAAUGUUGGAGGUCAUGUAGUAAGUGCAGAUACGAUACAGAACUCCAUCCUGGGAUGUCGAAUGUCCAGACCAGGACAGUGGCUUCGGCUGUUACUUUCUUCUAAAGGAAAAUUCAAGACGGGUGAUGACAGACAAACAUACGCUAUUGAUCACCCAGAGCCCCUUCUGCAUUUUGCACUCAGCUCAGGCAACCACUCAGAUCCCGUGGUUCGAGCCUAUACGCCCAAGAGAGUAUUUCAGGACCUGGAAGCCGCAAAAGAAGAUUAUAUCAGGGCUACCUUUGGUGUGAAGAAGGAUCAGAAAAUAGUCUUGCCAAAAGUGGUGGAGUCCUUUGCUAAAGAUUCUGGCCUUUGUCCUGCCGGUGUGAUGGAGAUGGUCCAGCAAUCUUUACCGGAUUCUCUUAGAAGGAGUAUAAAGAAGAUUCCACAGGGGAAGGGCCGCAAGAACAUUGAAUGGGUUCCACAUAAUUUUGCUUUCCGGUAUCUUAUAAUGAAGGACCUGGUGAAAUGAUUGCUUUCAGGAUAUGUUUAAGCUUUUUAAAAAAUCUGGUUGUUUAUGUCAUUUCUCUUUGAAAGGGGUCUCGAUUUUUUUCCCAUCCCUUCUGUAUAAAUGAAUGAUAGUUUGGGUUAGAAUGGAUGAUGAUCAAAGUUCUUGUAAUUUUGUGUCUUUGUGGAAGUGCCCUCCAUUCUUUGGCUAUUUCCACUAGUGCAAAGCCUAGUUGUGUGCUAGAACAAGCAAAUUCUGCGUUUCAAUCGCGUACAUAAAUCUAAUUCAUAUUCAUUCCUCA